AUGCCGUAUCCGUACCCACCGUACGCCCCUCACCCACCAGACCUCUACGAAGAGCCUGCAACGACCUCGAUUCCAGCGGGAACGUUCCUCCAUAAGGGCUUCUAUGACUUACUAGCCAUGAUUCCGACCCCUUCUACAUCACGCUUGCUCUGGAAGCCUACACCCCCUCUGCCGCCAGAACCCAUCGUCGCCGGUCCUAGGUAUGAAGAAAUUGCUCCUAAUACAGGCAUAAAGGCUUCCCCAAAGAGAGGCCGCAGGGUCAGCAAGGAUAUGGUCUCCAAACCCACAGGAUUUGUUCAUCUCGUCCAUGCUUCAGAUGCAGAUCAACUCGAGGCUCUCCUAACCCGAUGGGGCCCUGAUGGAGUAGGGAAGCUUGGAGAUCCUCGCUGGGCGAACCCAAUCAAGAAUUAUAUUAGGCAGAGGAAUCAAACAAAGGCUAUCAACGAAGUGGUCAACGCCCUCAAACCCUCUCUGAGUAGCAGGUUCGAUGGGCCUCAACAGGGCCAGCUUCACGUCGUCAAUGGCGUGAGCACCGCGACUUCUUCGUCUCUCACGACAGCCGCCAAAGAGAACGUGGUUCUCAAUUCUUCUUAUCACGACGGACUCCCAGCAAGGCCGGCUGGUUCUGCCUUUCGAUGGGGUGUAGGUGGAGGUCUCCGAUCGCACCCCGAAGUCUUGAACGAGGAUCAAGAUCCAGUUCCUGUGGAAACUGAACAAGUCAUACAGCAACCAGCGAGAGUCUUAAACCCCUCUCUAGCAACCCUGGAAAAGGCCGUGGCUGCUCGUAUCUACUUUGAGAAUCUCUAUUUUCCCCUGUUCCGGCACCCAUCAUCCAGAGAACAAAGAAGGAUUGCGAUGGAAGCUGACAUGGCACAAAUGCAACUUGCAGAGGAACAGAAGGAGCAACUUCGGAUACGUUGGAGACAGAACGAAACUGAAUAUUUGCGGGAACGGAGACAGAAAGUCGACGCCAGCGCAUUUGUGAAGCUCAAGACGAUCGGGCACGGUGCAUUCGGUGUCGUGUCUUUGGUAAAAGAGAGGUCGUCCGGUAACCUGUAUGCCAUGAAACAGCUGCGCAAGGCCGACAUGUUGCGCAAGGGCCAGGAGGGGCAUGUCCGUGCUGAGCGCGAUAUCCUCAAAUCAGCGUCCCUUGUCCAUUCCCCGGGUGGGGCCGAGUGGAUUGUACGGCUGUACUAUAGUUUUCAGGACAGGGACCAUCUGUACUUGGUCCUGGAAUACAUGGGCGGCGGUGACCUUCUGAACCUUCUGAUAGAGAGGGACGUUUUUGAAGAAGGGUUUACUCGAUUCUAUGUUGCAGAGAUGAUUCUGGCCAUUGAGAGCUGUCAUCGCCAUGGGUUUAUCCACCGAGAUAUUAAACCUGAUAACUUCCUCUUCGACCCAGAAGGCCACAUCAAGCUCAGCGACUUUGGGCUAGCCACUGAUCUCCACUGGGCCCACGAUACUUCUUACUACGAACAACAACGGUUGCAUCUUUUGCAUAAGCACGGGAUCGAUUUGGAAGAUCCCAAUGGGAUAGCAGACGGGAAGAAGACUAAACGUCUGGACCCCAAGCAGGUGGAACUCCUGAUGGGCGGUGGUGACGGACAGGGUGGUAUCUUCACGUGGAGGGAGAAGAAUAAAAGAAAGCUCGCAUAUUCUGUAUGUGGCACAAAUUCAUACAUGUCUCCCGAGGUCAUUCGUGGACACGGGUACUCGUACUCCUGCGAUUGGUGGAGUCUAGGUGUUAUCAUGUUUGAGUGCUUAUAUGGUUUUCCGCCUUUCGUCAGCAAUUCGCGACAUGUAACGCGGCAGAAGAUUCUGAAUUGGAAGCAGUCGCUCCGCUUUCCUUCGCGGCCACGCGUUUCGCAUGAAGGCGUCAACCUCAUUCAGCAGUUGUUGUGCGAGCCAGAAGAUCGACUUGGCUCUCAGACUUCGGCUUCCGUGUCGCGGCCCAACUCAUUAGUCGUGCAGGCCCGUCGAAGUGGCUUCGUUCCUCAGCCCGGUGUUUCUGCUGAGAAUGACGGCGCCCACCUUAUCAAGGCCCAUCCCUGGUUCAAUGGCAUCGAUUGGCAAAACAUACACCGUUACCCUGCGCCCUACCGCCCGGAGCUUCGCAGCCCAGAGGAUACACGUCAUUUCGACUCCGAUAUACCAGCCGAGCCACUGGCCCCCGCGAACGGUGCACCUCCAGACGCAACCAAGGACCCUUUGCUUCUGCACAAGGUCCAUGGGAAGGAGAUCUUGGACGUGCGGAAGGCGCUCGCCUUCGCAGGAUUCACGCACAAGAGCCCGCGCACCAUCGAAUACACCAGAGUGGACAAGGCGUUUGAUGCCUGGUCUGGCGGUGAUGACCAGCCUACCGAAGGCACUGUCAGGGGUCGUCCCCUCGUUCGAGAAACACGCGACAUUGGCAAGGGCCGUGCGAUCUCGAUGUAA